AUGAAAUGGAGAUUAUUUAUUUCAGUAGUAAUAAUGCUACUUUUUAACUUAAUAAAUAUUUAUUUAGCUAUUUGUGCGUUUACGCAAGGCUAUUAUUGGUAUAGUUUUUCUGUAGCUUUAGUCUACUUUUUAGAAAGAGGAAUCGAUCAUUCUGAACAAAGCUUUUUUGAGAUAAUAUUUUUAGAAAUCAUCAAUUUUCUGAGGCUAAAUACUAUAGUAUCAGAUUAAGAUAUUAGAGAAAUUAAAUUAGGAAGUGUUUAUUUAAUGACUUUCAUCAAUACAUUCUAUUAUUUAACAGAAUAUAAAAUGGUUAAGCUUAAUGCUAUAGGAUAAGUUCAUAUUUUUAUCUCUAUAGAGCUCUUCAUAUUGAUUUUAGACUCGAUUUAUAUUCCAAUUAUAUAAGGUGGCGAUGAAGGAUUUAAAUUUAAAGCUAUACUUUAUAGUUUGUUUGGACAUCUUGCUUAUUACACCAGUCUUAAAUGUAUUUUUAACAUGGAUGAUAGCUAUGGAAAUAAUUUGGCUUGGUAUUUAAUUGUGUUAAUUGUGUUGAAUAUAUUUGCUUCUUUGCUUUUAUAUAAAGAGAAAAUAAAUAGCAUUUUCCACAAAUUUACAUAAGUUUUAGUCGGAUUUCUUUCUAAUUAUCAAUGGAUGAUUAGCUCGAAAUAUAAAAAAUACAAAAUAUACAAUAGAGAUAGCUUUGUCAUUAACAUGAGUCUCUUUAACUAAAUAUCUUUGUUCCUGCUUAUUAUUUUUAAUUCAAAUUUGGACUAGCUCGUAUUUACUUUCUUUCACACGAGUAAUGUAAAUUAAUAAGCUAACCAAAUUUAAAAAUAAUAAGUAAAGUCAGUAUCGAUUUUCCAUCACAAUCAUAAUUAAAUUUUAAGUUAGGACUUUCAAAAUUAUAAUUUUAAUCUUAAUCAAAAACCUAAUAUCAAUGAGGAUGUCUAAUAUAAUUAUUACCAUCAAAUCUUUUUAUUAGAGGCUAUAAUAGCAAGCUUUUUAUAUUUGUUACUGGGUCUAAAAUAAAUAUUUGAUGAAAUAUUCAUCAAAAUCUAGUUAAUUAUUAAUGAAGAUAAAGACUACAUAGAAGCUGCUUAAUUUUUCUUGAAAUAAAGUCACAUCAUAACUCGCAAAAAAUAUUAUAUAACCACGCUAUACUAAAGUUAUGACUUCAAAGAAAAUCAUAAUAUAAAAGAUCAACUGAAAUAUCUUGUUUAAUACACACUUCCUUAGUACACAAACAUUUGCAGUUACUGCAAACUUCAGUUGAGUAUCUCAAAAUUUAUGAAGGGAAAAGAAAAAUUUGUUAAAAUAAAGUGUGGAAAAUACUCUGAAGUCAACAGAAACUUCUAAUGCACUUGUUUAUACUCAAUUCAAAUAUUUUGUAAUUAAGAUUACAUCCACCGCUAUAAUUCUUACAUGCUGUAUAAGGACUAUUAUAUAAACUAUUUACCCUUCAUUUAUUUUUAUAGAUAUUUUAAUGGUCAGAUCUUUACAGAUUUUACUACUUAAAUAGAGAAUAUUUUAGAAAGAGCUGGCCGAAGUAGCAAAUACAAAUGCUAUUCUCUUCAAAUAACUGCUUACUAUGUACAAAUAAAAAAUUUAAUUCCACUCUAACCCUUCUUUGUUCUAUACGAUCUAUACAUAGACAAUUGA